AGUCCAUACGGUUCGUGACAACAUAAAGUCCAUUAGGUUCAGGACAACACAAAGUCCGUGAAGUUCAGCAGCACGUAAUUGUGGUAACAAAUGUAAUCACGCUGCGUGAUCACUGUCGGCUCAAAUUGUUUCCACUGUCACCUAUAGAUGGCAACAAGGAUGUGCUGCUAAUGAGCUGUUUAUUUUUCUCUGGUAUGACACACCAACCAACCAACUGUGAGAGACAUUCUUAAUCGAAUACUGAAGUCUAAUCUUGUGUAUCGGCACUCGGCUAUACAUGUCGAACGGAGAUUGUACGUCAUUGGCAUCGGCGCUUGAGUGACACAAACAAGGUCAAAGGACAUUUCCAUGUCCUCCACAUUCUGGAGGAAAAAUGGACAACACAGGCUAUUGCAGCGAGAGCUUCAACAGCCUGCAGAGCGGAACCAGCGAUGAGGACAUGGUGGAGAUGCAGGACUUCUCCAGCACUGAUGACGUGCCUCCUCUGGACCGGGACUAUGGCUCAGGAGGUUCAUAUGGAGCUGGAGAUGGGUCCAAUGGGGUUCCUAAACUGAUGGAUUUGCUCGAUGAGCCAGUGCCUGGGGUCGGCACAUAUGAAGACUUCAACACCAUCGACUGGGUCCGAGAAAAAUCUAAGGACCGGGAUCACCACCGGGAGAUUGCUACCAAGAGUAAAGAGUCCGCCUUGGCUCUGAUGAAGAGUAUCAGUGAUGCCUUUUCUGGCUGGCUUCUCAUGCUGCUCGUGGGACUGAUGUCAGGUGCCCUGGCUGGUGGCAUUGACAUCUCUGCCCAUUGGAUGACAGAUCUGAAGGAGGGAGUUUGUCUGAACGGCUUCUGGUUUAAUCAUGAGCACUGCUGCUGGAACUCCAAUGAGACGACCUUCCAGGAGAGAGACAAAUGCCCUAACUGGAAAAGCUGGGCAGAGCUCAUUGUCGGUACUAAUGAAGGUCCUUUCGCCUACAUCAUGAAUUACCUGAUGUAUGUGUGCUGGGCGCUGCUUUUCUCCUUCCUGGCUGUGUCUUUAGUCAGGGCCUUUGCCCCGUAUGCCUGUGGCUCUGGAAUACCUGAGAUCAAGACUAUCCUGAGUGGGUUUAUUAUCAGGGGCUACCUGGGUAAAUGGACUCUUAUAAUUAAAACCAUCACCCUGGUGUUGGCAGUGUCAUCUGGACUCAGUCUGGGCAAAGAAGGGCCUCUGGUCCAUGUGGCCUGUUGCUGUGGCAACAUCCUAUGCCACCUGUUCACCAAGUACCGCAGGAAUGAGGCAAAGAGACGAGAGGUAUUGUCUGCCGCAGCAGCUGUUGGUGUGUCAGUAGCUUUUGGAGCACCGAUUGGUGGAGUUCUGUUCAGUCUGGAAGAGGUGAGUUAUUAUUUCCCCCUGAAGACGCUGUGGCGCUCUUUCUUUGCUGCAUUGGUGGCGGCUUUCACCCUUCGGUCCAUCAACCCGUUUGGUAACAGCAGGCUGGUUCUCUUCUACGUGGAGUUCCACUCCCCUUGGCACUUGCUGGAACUCAUACCCUUUGUCCUGUUGGGUAUUUUUGGGGGAAUCUGGGGAGCUUUCUUCAUCCGUGCAAACAUUGCAUGGUGUCGCCGACGUAAGACCACGCGGCUGGGUCACUACCCUGUUUUGGAGGUGCUGGUUGUUACGGCUGUCACGGCUCUGCUGGCAUUCCCCAACAGCUACACGUGUAUGAGCACCAGCGAGCUGAUCUCUGAGCUGUUCAACGAUUGCGGCUUGCUGGAUUCCUCACAGCUGUGUAACUAUGCCAAUGUGAGCGUCACCAAGAGCAGCAGUGAUGCUCUGCCUGAUAGACCAGCAGGACAAGAUGUCUACACUGCCAUGUGGCAGCUCUCACUGGCCCUGGUCUUUAAGAUGCUCAUAACAGUGGUGACCUUCGGCAUGAAGGUGCCCUCUGGCCUCUUCAUCCCCAGUAUGGCUGUGGGAGCGAUUGCAGGUAGGCUGCUUGGUGUGGGUAUGGAGCAACUGGCAUAUUACCACCAUGACUGGGUAAUCUUCAGAGGCUGGUGCUCACCUGGAGCAGACUGCAUCACCCCCGGCCUCUAUGCUAUGGUGGGCGCUACUGCCUGUCUGGGCGGUGUAACUCGUAUGACAGUCUCUCUGGUGGUCAUUAUGUUUGAGCUAACGGGCGGCCUGGAAUACAUUGUGCCUCUCAUGGCUGCCACCAUGACUAGUAAAUGGGUGGCAGAUGCUCUGGGUCGAGAAGGUAUUUAUGAGGCUCACAUCCGUCUCAAUGGUUACCCCUUCCUGGAGCCUAAGGAGGAGUUCAGCCACAAGACGCUGGCCAUGGACGUGAUGCGACCCCGCCGUAGUGACCCCCCACUCUCCGUGAUCAUGCAGGACGGGAUGAGCGUGGAGGAAGUCGAGUCGCUCAUUGCUGAAACCUCAUACAGCGGUUUCCCUGUGGUUGUCUCACAUGAGUCUCAGAGACUUGUGGGCUUUGUGCAGCGCAGGGAUCUGGUCAUCUCUAUUGAAAAUGCUCGUCAGCAUCAGGAAGGUGUGGUUAGUGCCUCCCGAAUCUUCUUCACUGAAUACACACCUCCACAGCCACCCAACAGUCCUCCUCCGUUGAAGCUUCGUGGUAUCAUGGAUCUCAGCCCAUUUACCGUUACUGACCACACUGCCAUGGACAUCGUGGUGGACAUCUUUCGCAAGCUGGGCCUGCGCCAGUGUCUCGUCACUCACAAUGGGCGUUUACUGGGCAUCAUCACCAAAAAGGACAUUCUUAAACAUAUGGCCCAGAUGGCCAACCGAGACCCUGACUCUAUUCUCUUCAACUGAAGUGCCAAACUGGCUGUUAUGAAACACCAGUCAGUUUGAAACCACCCAUUGGGCAGAAAACAGCAGUCUGGCCAAAUUAUUUGCACUACAGAACUGUCAGUACUGGGUUAGCGUCCAUUCACACUGUGAAUCCAUUUGUAGAGCCUUAUUGGUGCAGGCGCUACAACUGCAGGAUGGAGGACCUUCGGCAGUGUUUUAUGCACUCCAGCAGCUAGCUUAAAAGGUGGGAAUGAGUGCAACCAAGUGUUGGUGUUUGCAAGUAGUCGACCUAUCAUAACAUAUCAAUGCAUCAAAACAUAUCAGAGUAUAUUCCACACAAGGAAAACAGUUGCAAUUAUAACAUUUUGUAGCAUAAAUCUAAAUAUAGACAUUCACCUACCCGGCCUCUGUUGGAUUGUAUUACUCAAACCCAAACACCUCUGGUGAAAAGACCACAUCCACAUCUUUCAGAAUUUAAGAGACAUUCUUAUGCAAGUCAAGAGGAAGUCACAAGCAAUCAGUAUCAGAUGUGCAUUGCAUAUUUCCCUAGAGUUCUCCUGACUUCCACUACAGAAUGGAUGUUAAUCAUAAGUUAAAACCAUUAUUUGUUGUUUACAUGUUCAUCUACAUUUUUUGUCUUUUUUGAUUUUUACUUUAAACGAGCACUUGCAAGUAUUCCAGCAUCUGAAAGCUCUCGGGACGAAUGUCAAGUCUGUACCACAUUUCCAGACUUUGUAAUCAGUCAUAAGCAGCACUGUGUAGUUUCUGCCAAGAAAUUACACAUUAAAAUGAUUAAAAUUACUCUACCUCUCACACUACCAUUUUACACUACAAUUCAAAAGUUUGGGUUCAGUAACAUUAUGUUUUAAGUC